AUGGUAAUGAAUAUCAGAGAAGCCGUAGGUGCUCAAAGCAAUGGUCCAAAUGAAUUCUCUGAUAGACGAGGACAAGCAAAAAGGUUACCAGAUUCAAUGCCGCCCUCGGGUAAAUUACAGCCGGUGGUCGUGUUGGAUGCUACCCACGAGAUUGCAAUUUACAUCCAUAGGUUUCAUAACCUUGAUCUUUUCCAGCAAGGAUGGUAUCAACUCAAGAUUACAGUCAGAUGGGACAAUGAAGCAUCUGCUUCUCCCGCGAUGCCUUCCAGAGUCUUACAAUAUGAAGCUCCAAACUUGGGUUGUGAGGGUGGACGAUAUGGAGUGUGGAAGAUUGAUGAAAAAGAUAACAGUUUUGCAACGCAGCCUUUUCGAAUCAAAUAUGCAAGACAGGAUGUUCUUUUAUUUACCAUGGUUGCAUUUGAUUUACCUCUUAAGGGAAAAGAAUGUCCUUACUCAUCAGCUGUCAUUUUGAAGUUUGAGCUUUUAUAUGCUCCUCUGUUGGAAAAUGGUUCUGAGUUUCAGGCUUCUCCAGAUAGUAACCCUGCUGCCAUCCAUGAAUUUCGGAUCCCUGCUAAAGCUCUUUUAGGACUGCAUUCCUACUGCCCUGUUUAUUUUGAUGCAUUUCAUGCUGUUCUUGUGGAUGUAAGUGUUCACAUCACUCUCCUAAAAGCUGGUUCUAUCCAAGACUCAAUGAAGGUACCCAGGUUUGUCGCAGAUUCUAGAAAUAGUGAAUCUUUGUGGAAAUGAUGAAAGGGAAAUGGUGGUUUUAUUUAUAAAUUUGUGUUGAAUCAAACGGAUCGUAGUGACCUGAAACUGGUCAGGCUUGUGAAGGCAUUACUAGAUGCUCGUGAAACCUUGAUUGUAGAGCUACAACAACUUAGCAAUGCCAUUAACCAAACUGUUGAUUUGAUUAAAUUUACAUCCACAAUGAAUGAUACAAGGUUAUUUGAUUCAUCCUUGCAAGCAAAUCAGGUUACUGAUGAUAAUGAAGACUCUGGACAAGGCAAGCCACAAAAUGGUCCUGAGGUCCUUGCUUUAUUUUACGAUUUUCAAAGUGAUCAAUUGCCCCAGAACUUAUCCAAGGAUGAUUUAACCAGAAUGUUUAAUCUAUAUGGUGAUCAGGUGUUAUAUGUAUGGAGCACUUUUCUCACUUUCCACAGGGAUAAUAAAACAAGGAUAAUGGAAGUCCUUCAUGAUGCAUGGGCUAAGGAUAGAAAAGCUGAAUGGUCAAUAUGGAUGGUUUACUCUAUGGUUGAAAUGCCCCAUCAUUAUAUAAACCGCAGUUUUAAGGAGACUACCCACCAUGUCUUGCAUAAGAGGGGUUCAAGUUUGUGGAAGUUAUCUGAUGAUCCUGUGCAUAUGUCAGAAAUGAAGGCUGACCUUCAUCGACGGAGUAUCUCACAAAUGAAGAUUAACAGUCGGUCAAUCCAAGACAUGCAAAUAUUUGGAGAUCCUUCAGCAAUUCCUAUUGCAAUUGUAGAACGCGUUAUGAAUGCACCUCGUCGUAGUCUGAGUUAUAACUCAUACAUGAAUUAUUUGGAUGCUGUAGAUUCAGUUGCCUCACAUUCUGAUAUUAGUUCUAAAGAAGGGAAAAAGCCACCACGUGCAACUGCUGCAAAAAGAGGCCGUGAUUUGAAGGUUGUUGUCUUUGUACAUGGAUUUCAGGGGCAUCAUCUGGAUUUGCGGCUUGUUCGCAACCAAUGGCUUUUAAUAGAUCCCAAAAUCGAGUUUCUCAUGUCAGAGGCAAAUGAGGAUAAAACAUCUGGAGACUUCAGAGAAAUGGGACUGAGGCUGGGGCAGGAAGUAGUACAUUUUAUUAAAAAGAAAGUGGGUAAAGCUUCAAGAUAUGGACGAUUAGGAGAGAUCAAACUUAGUUUUGUCGGGCACUCUAUUGGAAACGUCAUAAUAAGAACAGCAAUAGCAGAUAGUGUUAUGGAACCUUACCGGAGAUACCUUCACACAUACCUAUCUCUAUCUGGUCCACACUUGGGAUAUUUAUACAGCUCAAAUUCUUUAUUCAAUUCCGGGUUGUGGCUUUUGAAGAAGUUCAAAGGGACCCAAUGCAUCCAUCAGCUUACUUUCACCGAUGACCCCAAUAUCCAUAACACUUUCUUCUACCAACUUUGUAAGAAAAAAACUCUGGAAAAUUUCAAGAAUAUAAUCCUCUUCUCCUCACCCCAGGAUGGUUAUGUUCCAUAUCAUUCGGCAAGGAUCGAGUCAUGCCGGGCAGCGUCCAUGGACCACUCGAAAAAGGGAAAAGCAUUUUUGGAAAUGUUGAAUGCCUGCUUGGACCAGAUACGAGCUUCUACGACUGAAGAUCGGGUGUUCAUGCGAUGUGAUGUCAACUUUGACACAUCCUGUCAUGGCAAGAACUUAAACUCAUUCAUUGGACGAGCUGCUCAUAUCGAGUUUUUGGAGUCGGACAUUUUUGCUCGAUUCAUAAUGUGGUCAUUUCCAAAUAUAUUUAAAUAAUUAUUUCUGUUGUUCCACCUAUAAUGAAUCCCCAGUCUCCAGAUUGGUUGCCAAAUGCAGAGCCAGUGAUUUUGGUUUCUGGUUUUCGAGCAUCAAUGUGAAAGAAGAGCAACAUUUGCAUGCGUUUUGGUGUAUAGGUUGGAGUCUAGCCGCCAGAUGAUUACAAAAGAAAUUGUUAUAUAAGU